AUGGCGCCUAGUGAGGAAGGUGGUUUGGUGGAAGAGAAAGAAAGUAAGAAGAAGCAUUUGAGUCCGUUGGCUACUGCCUGGCUCACGUUCUAUAAUAUUGCCAUGACGGCUGGAUGGCUGGUACUGGCUGUGGCCAUGAUACGAUUUUCUUACCAAAAAGGAACACACAAGGGAUUGUACAGGAAUAUACAAAAGACACUCAAGUUCUUCCAGACUUUUGCAUUGCUAGAGAUUCUGCACUGUGGAAUAGGUAUAGUACGAACUUCGGUGCUUGUUACUGGGGUCCAAGUCCUGUCCAGAAUUUUCAUGGUGUGGUUUGUUGUUCACAGUAUAAGACCGAUACAGAAUGAAGAGAGUGUCGUUCUUUUCCUGGUCACUUGGGCAGUGACAGAGAUUACCCGAUAUUCUUAUUACACAUUCAAACUGCUCAACCAUUUGCCUUACUUCAUUAAAUGGGCCAGAUACAACCUCUUUAUCAUCUUGUAUCCUAUUGGUGUGGUUGGUGAACUCCUUACAAUUUAUGGUGCCCUGCCUUUUGUAAAGAAAUCUGGCAUAUAUUCUCUGAGACUUCCGAACAAAUACAAUGUCUCAUUCGACUACUACACUUGUCUUAUUGUUGUGAUGAUUUCAUAUAUACCACUUUUUCCACAACUUUAUUUCCAUAUGCUUCGUCAAAGGAGGAAGGUGCUUCAUGGAGAGGUGAUCAAAGGAAAAGAGGAUUAG